AUGGCGGGCGGCGAUGCUUCAAAAGAGAGCCGGAAGCGAAAGAGGGAGGUCUCCAGGAAGGUACGAGAAAUGAAGAUCGCCGCGGCAUCACAGACGCCAAGGCGAGAUUCAGGAGAAGCGCCGGGAGACUCGUCCCGACCUUCGGGACAACCGGUCCCAGAAGUAGAGAUAGCUCCUUCUCCCCCUCGACAAGAGGAACCACCACCUCCACCUAUUCCUUCUAGUGCGGAAGGUGGGCCUUCUCAACCUACUGUGAGGACCCUGUCUCGAGGUGCCCAGGACGCAGCUUCUGCCCAAGCCCAACUUUCAUCCGCCCAUGACUAUAUUGCUGAAAUCGAAGGUCGGAUGAAAUCCUAUGAGGAUAAGUUGGCCGAACAGGCUCGUGAACUUGGAGAAGCUCGGGCGCUCCGAACUGCCGAUGUUGCUCGCCUUACCGAAGAAAUCAAAGCGAAAGAAGAAGAGGCUUUGCAUCCAGUCCACCGCUGGAGAAAUCCCUGGUCAAAGUUUUCCUGUCCUCAGGACUCUGGAGAAGUCCGAGUGGAAAAUGGCUUGUCCUGGACUCAAGAGUCAGAGCCAGCCAGUCUCUUCUCUGAUCUCUCUCAUGAGUUGCGCUCCCUGGUCAAAUUCCGUCCUCAACCGAGCGACAUUGAACUCAAAAGAAAGGAGACAACUGGAAUGCAAAUUCAAAACCCUCCUUUGAUGGAGGAUUUCUGA